CCCGCGUCAAAACACACCUUAAGUUCAAUACACGCAUCGAAAUGACACUGCAUUCUGAGCUCUGUCCCUGUUUGUGUUUCCGUGGAGCUGUCAUACCUCAGCGCCGCCACAUAAUGAUGCGCUUUGCUCAACCCGCCAUGCACUUGAGGUCGGUCAUCAUCCAGACCAAUGCAUCGCCCCUGCCUAAACACAUAUAAACCCUCCGUGGCCUCCGCUUACUUCCCACGCAAAUACAUGACCUGUGAGCAUCCUGGGGUAUCCUGUGUCUGAAACCAUGAUGCUCCGGUCUUUUCUAUUCCUCAUACCCCUUGCGGGCGCUGCCGUCACUGGGACUCCAAAAACCCUCCAGGAGUGCCCGGGGUACAAGGCUUCGCAUGUCAAGCAGAAUGCCACAUCCUUGACGGCGGAUCUGACCCUCGCAGGCAGUCCCUGUAACAGCUAUGGGACAGAUCUGAAGAAUCUGAAACUGCUGGUGGAAUAUCAGACCGAUGAGCGGCUACACGUCAUCAUCUACGAUGUCGACGAAGAAGUCUAUCAAGUACCGGAAUCCGUCCUGCCUCGUGUUGACGGCGGUGACGGAACCAGGAACGAUUCCGCGUUGACCUUCGCCUACGUGGAAGCACCAUUCUCCUUCUCCGUUUCGAGAGGGGAUGAUGUACUGUUUGAUACUUCUGCGUCCCAACUCAUCUUCCAGUCUGAGUAUCUGAAUCUCCGCACCUGGCUUCCUAAUGAUCCCUAUUUGUAUGGUCUUGGGGAACACUCCGAUCCUAUGCGUCUGCCGACCAAGAACUACACUCGUACACUCUGGAAUCGCGACGCGUAUGGCACCCCUAACCACACCAACUUGUAUGGCAGCCACCCGGUGUACUAUGACCACCGUGGCGAAGCGGGUACUCAUGGUGUCUUCUUCCUGAAUUCAAACGGAAUGGACAUCAAGAUCAACCAGACGGCCGCGGGUAAACAGUAUCUUGAGUACAAUGCGCUUGGGGGUGUCCUCGACUUUUACUUUUUCACCGGCUCGACCCCCAAGGAAGCCAGCAUUGAGUAUUCGAAGAUUGUUGGGUUUCCCGCGAUGCAGAGCUAUUGGGCUUUUGGUUUCCACAAUUGCCGAUAUGGAUACCGUGAUGUAUAUGAAGUUGCUGAGGUGGUCUAUAACUACAGCCAGGCGAACAUCCCGUUGGAGACCAUGUGGACCGAUAUCGAUUACAUGGACCUGAGAAGAGUUUUCACUCUCGAUCCGCAGAGAUUCCCCCUCGAGAAGAUGCGAGAGCUGGUGACUUAUCUGCAUGACCAUGACCAGCACUACAUUGUCAUGGUCGAUCCGGCUGUCAGCGUGAGCGACAAUGAUGGGUACAACGAUGGCGUGCAACAGGGUAUUUUCCUCCGUGUUCAGAACGGGAGUCUUUACGAAGGUGCUGUUUGGCCCGGCGUGACUGUCUUCCCAGACUGGUUCAACUCCGGCACCCAGGACUACUGGACCGGGGAAUUCGCUCGGUUCUUCGAUGCAGACACAGGAGUUGACAUCGACGGGUUGUGGAUCGACAUGAAUGAAGCGUCCAAUUUCUGUCCAUAUCCCUGCACAGAUCCAGCGGCAUAUGCGGUAUCGGAUGAUCUUCCACCUACACCACCGCCAGUGCGGUCCAGUGCCCCACGGCCACUGCCUGGAUUCCCUGCAGACUUCCAGCCUUCAUCCAAAUCAAAACGAGCACAAGGCGCCAAGGGAGCGAAGGUCGGACUGCCUGACCGCGACCUCCUCAACCCGCCCUACACAAUUCAGAACGCCGCAGGCGUCCUCAGUAUGAGCACCAUCCAGACGGACCUUAUUCAUGCGGGUGAAGGGUAUGCCGAGUAUGAUACACACAACUUGUAUGGGACGAUGAUGAGUGCAGCCUCCCGCGUGGCCAUGCAGUCCCGUCGUCCCGACGUGAGACCCUUGAUCAUCACCCGCAGUACAUAUGCAGGUGCCGGAGCACAUGUCGGACACUGGCUGGGCGACAAUUUCAGCGACUGGGUGCACUACCGAAUCUCCAUCGCGCAAAUCGUCGCCUUCGCAUCCAUGUUCCAGAUCCCCAUGGUCGGAGCCGACGUGUGUGGAUUCGGCGGCAACACGACCGAGGAACUCUGUGCUCGAUGGGCGUCUCUCGGCGCGUUCUACACCUUCUACCGGGACCACAAUGAGAUCGACUACAUAUCACAGGAGUUCUACCGCUGGCCCACGGUUGCCAGCUCCGCCCGCAAGGCCAUUGACAUCCGGUACCGGCUCCUCGACUACAUCUACACCUCUCUAUACAGACAAUCCCAGACCGGCGAGCCGUUCCUCCAGCCCCUGUUCUACCUGUACCCGGAGGACAAGAACACGUUCGCGAACGACCUGCAGUUCUUCUACGGUGAUGCCAUCCUCGUCAGCCCCGUCACCGAGCAGGGCUCAACCACGGUCAAUGCAUACUUCCCCGACGACAUCUUUUACGACUGGUACACCGGAGCAGCGGUACGCGGACACGGUGCCGACAUCAAGCUCAGCAACAUCGACAUCACCCACAUCCCUCUCCACAUCCGCGGCGGCAACAUCAUCCCCGUCCGGACAUCCAGCGGGAUGACAACCACCGAGGUGCGCGAGAACGGAUUCGAACUCAUCAUCGCGCCCGGGCUGAACGGAACCGCGUCCGGUAUUCUCUAUCUCGACGACGGAGACUCGCUCGAGCCGUCCGACACGACCGAGAUUGAGUUUGAGUACAGCGGUGGCGUGUUGCGUAUCCAGGGCAAUUUCGGGCAGAGUUCCCCGGCCACGGUGGAGAAGUUCACCCUGCUCGGCCAGUCCGGACAAUCUGGGGGUAAUGUGACGAUCACAAGGAGUACGAGUCUUGGUGGACCGACGGAGGUUAAUCUGAAGUGAGGGAGUGAGUACGCAAAAGUAACUAACUAAUUCGGACGUGGGAGUGGGAGUCUGUACCGAGACCGCGCGAGCAAAUAAGCCGCGAUUAGUGUUUGUUUCAGCAGAAGCGUUGCGUUUAUUUACUUGCUCCGCUACUCCUUUAUAUCUCUCACCAUCCCUUAGCAAACACCUCGAUACUCAAUACUGGAUAAGCGUCGGACAAGCACUUCCUCCCUCCCUCCUUACAAGCCGGAAAGAGGGGAAGGUCCCAUCAAGGGAUGAACGAAGUGAAGGGAUAUCCCUCAUAACAUAUACGAUUGACCCAUGGUUCAUUCCAUUCCUUUUGCGUAUCAAAAGAGUCUCAGAUAGUUAGUUACCCUCUUAAUCAACCUUCUAGUCUAGUACUGUUAUCAUCCAGCCCUCAAAUAAUAUCUGUUUCAAG